AACUAGGAUGGCAGCCCCAAAGUCACAUCCUGCUACACCCAUAUGCCUUCCUCAGUCUAUUUUCGACGACAUUGGCCUGAACACGAUCCCCAACUCUGCGUCGGAUGUGUCCUUGAUCUAUUCGAAGCUCUUCGGCGGGUAUCGCUGUGGGGUCCUAUGUGGUGCCUCGAAUCCGACAUGCGAUGUCGUCCCCUCGCACCCUAAUAGCUCACAGGAUCCCACGAGUCGUAUGGACAGUUUCGGCGUACUGGGGGAAGGAGAUCAUAGUAGCUUUCUCCAUCUUGCGGUGAUGAUGACCGACGUCCCUAUGGCAUACGAGUGCAUCCGUCUGGGCAUAAUGGUCAACUGCCAAGACGCUAGAGGGCGUACACCUCUUCUUUUCACGCUGGCACUGGUACUCGAUGCGAUGGAGGCAUUUUGGAAACCCCGGAGGACUAGCUCGUGUCAGUACCCUCCUUUCCCUCCGGGGUUCCUGGACGACCCAGUAGGCCAACCCCGCAAUAGGCUGUGGCGCUUGACACGAAUAGUUCAUGUACUCCUACAACAACAUGCAGAUCCAAACAUCAAAUCCGCCGCGAACGAGACUUGUCUCCAGCUUGCGUGCGGGACCAGACAAUGGGAACUCGUCGACAUGCUUCUCCAGCACGGCGCAGAUCCUGCCCCCCAAGGUUCUUCCAACCUUAUGUCUCUCUUCAGCGACUCCGAAGUGCAGGAGCACCUGACCGAGCUCCUGGCAGCCCAUGCAAAUCCCAAGCGUCCGGAGCGCCUCUGUCCUUGCUUUUCAGGAAAGACCUUAGCGCAGUGUCAUGCUGCUCGUGCACAGCCAUAUCCGGUAGAUUUUGUAUGCCCGUGCGCCUCUGGAAAGCAGUACGGCAAGUGCUGCCUCAAGCGUUCUGCGCUGCUCUCAGAGAGCUGGUCCGACGAAAAGCAAAAGCUCGUGGUCGGUGGCGUAUGGCUUAGCCGAGCGACGUUCGACUCGCGCAACAUCGACCCAGAGCUCUGUCGCGUCCUGGACGCAUUCUCGGAUUACGUGCGACGCAGACGCCCCGACGAGGCGUUCAUCCGGGCCCGGGCCGCUGCCGAGCUGCGUCACGUAGGAGACAUCAUCGACACACUUUCUCGCGAAGGGCUUGGAGAUAUUGCCUUCAUCGCUGUCAUGAAGAAGCUUUCUCCGUACAUUGUCAUGCCGUAUGAGAAUACUCUCUCGAAGGUCGGAUGCGAGAAUGCCACAAAGGCGUGGAACGACAGCGUAGAUCUGUACAUCGAGACGAGACCCGAAUCGAUUGAUGUGCGACCUCGGAUUGAGAUCGAGAAGGUCGCGAAGGUUGCGAACGACGGAGGACCGCUAUACAAGCGGUGCGAAGCAUCUGGCUGUUUAGCGGUGGAAGGCGUUGACGGGGCGAAGAUGAAGAUCUGCACCGGCUGCAAGAGGAUCCUGUAUUGCGGAUCUGCAUGCCAGGCGGCCGAUUGGUCUCAGCACAAGGCGGAGUGCAAGAAAGGCAGCCAUCCGCUGCAGAUGCUCCCUUCGCAGGCGCAAUUCCGUGCGCAACUCGACGGGCUGUUGCGGGAGUCGUUGAAGAAGAUACAGAAGAUGCAGAACAUGGAGGAGGCCUUCCGAGGAGACGUGUCGGCUGCGGCUGGUAUAUCUCUGGCAUCGACUGCUCAUGCGAUGGGUAUACAGCAGGGUUUCACCUCCGGUGCUGACGGAGUAGCAAAUCUUGAUCGGCCGUGCGUUUUGAAGGUGUAAACGGAUAGGACAAAGACUUUGAGAUGGAAGAUGGAGAACACGACAAUCACGCGCGUGCGGGGGUUUAUUUGUACGUGAGUAGGAUUCAUUGCGGAAUUGUAACAUCACCGGUAUCCUGGAACAUAUUUGUAACAUAGUUUUCUGUAUGAAAGCAAUGAUACGGCGUCAAUGUUGAUGGCAACGUCUG